AUGUCCAGCGUAUUCGAUGUUGAGGGCGACGUCAAGUCAAAAGUUGAUGUCAGUCAUGUUGAGCACACGGAUGCAGACUACAGCCGUAACAUCGAUGCAAAAAUCCACAAUCCACUCAUCGGAGUCUCCAAAUCAGAUCUUCGCGUCCAGGUGUCUGGAUUUUGCCGCGAGUAUGGCUUCCGUGAAAAAGAGGAUGUCUUCUAUCGCGGUGCCCUCGCAGCUCAAAACCCAGACACGUACAAUUCGCUCGAAGAACUCACUGAGGAUGACAAAAAUGUGCUCCGACGGGAGGUCACCCACAAAUGGCAUCUUCCACGGGACCUCUACUGUAGCAUCGCCCUUUGCUCACUCGGCUCUGCCAUUCAGGGAUGGGACAACACAGGUGCCAAUGGCGCCAACCUCUCGUUUCCUCAGGAGUUUGGCAUCGUGGACAGACAGACACUAGUUGGUGUCAUUAAUGCCGGCCCUACAUUGUUCGGUCUCCUGAGCGCGUGGGCUGCCGAUCCUAUCAACAACUGCUUAGGUCGCCGCGGAACGAUUUUCCUGACCGGCCUGUUUUGUGUGUUUCCCGUUCUUGCCCAGGCUUUCACGCAGAAUUGGUGGGGCCUUUUGAUUUGCCGUCUAUUCAUGGGCUUAGGAAUGGGAGUCAAGAUUUCAACAAUUCCAGUUUACUCGGCCGAGGUUGCGCCUGCUUCUAUUCGCGGCGGAGUCGUCACGAGCUUCCAGCUGUGGGUCGCUUUUGGAAUCUUUAUAGGCUUCUGCUCCAACUUGAUAUGGUUUCGUAUCGGGGAUUUAGCAUGGAGAUUCCAGUUGGGUGCCGCCUUUGCUCCUGCUAUUCCGGUCCUCAUCUUUGUUUGGUUCUGCCCCGAAUCUCCCCGCUGGCUGAUGAAGAAGGGCCGCUACCAAGAGUCCUUCAAAUCCUUCUGUCGCCUUAGAAAUAGCGAAAUGAUGGCUGCUAGGGACUUGUAC